AUGUACCACAGUGGCAACAGCGUCGUACCUGGGAUUCCCCCUCUGUGCAAUGUAAGCGGCUCUCCCAUGUAUAUGACCGGCGUAAGGAUAAGGACCUUGUCCCACGUGUGCAACGAGAACUACACAAUUAUGAAUGCGAACAAAAUAAGGAAAAAUGUCAACGGCUACUUAAGUCCGAUUGUCCGCUUUUUGGGUCAAAAGAGAUUUCAAAGUGGAGCUAAACCAAUUGGGAGGAAGGAGUAUGUGAGGAGUGUGGGGCAACCCAACAUGUUGAAGGCGGUCAAGCAGUACAGGUGCGUUGCGAAAGGCUGGGAGGAGGUGUCGGGCGCUGGCGCUGCGUACCAUCUGCAUGGCGAGGAGAUGCCUCCAGCGGAGGGGCUCCCCUCCUCCGAGCACAGCGGCGGUUUAAGCAGCUGUCCAAGGGAAGUUCCAAGCGGUGGACGAAGUGAUGGACGAAGCGAUGCACGAAGCGAUGCGCGAAGCGGCUAUGUGAACAGCUACCCGCGUGCCGAUUCGAGUGCCAACCCGAGUUGCCGCCCCGGAGAACCCGCAUCGCAGAGCGAGCCUUCCACGAACCCUGUCCAAGACGCCGAACCGCCGGUAAGUAGCCGCAUGUCAGACAAAAUCAAGCAAAACUACAAGGCGGCGGGAUACUUUAUAGUAAUGACCGAAAUAGAGCAGAACCCUGCGAAUAAUGCCAACCAGGAAACAAACAAAAGGAACAUCAACGUUAAAAUAUUGCUGGGCUAUGACCCCCUGAAGAAGCAGUCGAACAAGGCGCGAUUAAACACGAAUGGAGGGGCACAAAUGAAAGGUGAACUAAACAUUCCUGGAGGGAAGAAGGAUUUGGGGGAGUACAACCCAGUGGUGACUGCCUAUAGGGAAUUCAGUGAAGAGACCCUUUUUCUGUAUAACAUGUUUGUGUCGUACUUUAGCCACUUGCACUACGUGAUGAAGGGGAUCACCCCGAAGGGGGAAGAAGUGUCCCCAAUGGGGGGUGACCCAUACGAGCUGUUCUUACAAAAGAACUUCCUAAAUGAAGUAACACAAAUGAGCCUCCAAGAAAUGAUGAGAGCAAUAAAUGUACACAUAAACAAUUUCAUGCUGUAUUUUAAAGAGGCAUGUUUAAAUAUUAAGGAGAACCACGAAACCAUGUACAGGUGUUCAUACCCACCAUCGUUUCACCAAAGGAGGAAUGCUACCUUGGAGAGGAUUCACAAGGAGAUCAGUUUAUUUUCUUCUAUACAAAAUGACCAUGUUAAUAAUUUUAAGCUGUACUAUGCUGAAGGGAAAUAUUGCCUUUUCUUUUAUAACGCAAUUCAAUACCAGUGUAAGAAUAUGCUGGACUAUUUGAGGAAUUACUUUUGGCAUAACUACGUGACCUUCUUUUGUAUCCUGUUGAAUGAAAAUGUGGAGUUCUUAAUUAAAUGCAGAGGGAAUAGUAAAACACAUUAUGAACCCUACCUAUUUGACACCAACGAAAUAAGAAAAAAAAUUGACCCAGAUUUGUAUUACAAUUUAAUGCAUGUAAAAAAUCUGGUCCCCUCGGAAUAUAAGAAAUGUAAACGGGAUACUUUUUAUGGACCACGAAAUAUCCCCACUGGGGAAGAAGAUUCUCAAAUAGACACUGGGUACAUGAAUGACAUGAUUUGGCUAGACCUUUCCGACUUGCUUCUAUACCUUUUGAGGAGCUGCAACCAUGUGGCGAUUGUGCGUCAUGUGUGGAGCAUUUUUGAUCAGAUUAUGCAACAAGGGGGGGGGGGCUACCCAGUUUGUACUUCCCGCGAUGGGGAUGAUAGAGGUGACUACCAACACGAUGCAGAUGAAUCACACUUCGUUCUAGUUGGUCAGGGCUCCCUCAAACUGCACAAAUCGGUUGCGGCAAACGUGUGGCACCUGUACAAGGACAUACAUAGGAGACUACAUAUGCUAAUCCAGCAGAAUAACUACAACGCCUUUUGGGCUCUGUUCUUUUCGCCCUUCAACACGAAAUUGAGUGUACAUAAUGUGGGCACCCUGCGUAGCACCUGCAGGGCCCCCUAUAGGAAGUUUCUCAACCGUAUGGUCAGCAACCGUGACUUUUGGGUCUUCCUCUUUCUCAACCUGGUCGGGAGCGUUCCCACGGGGUAG